AGUCUUCCCCUUCCUUCCUUAUCCUUCAUUCUCAUCUCUCUCCCUUCAAUUGCAAAUGACACAAAUCGACAUAAGAUCACCCAAACACUGCGCCCAAAAGCAAGCCAGGUUCUACGACAACAUAGACAAUCCCAAGCUCUACAAGAAGCUCUUCUUUGCCUUGUCCACUCUCUUCACCACCCUCCUCUCCCUCAUCCUCCUCGUCUACCUCCUCCUCCACCCCACCAAGCCCCGCUUCUCCCUCCAACAAGCCCAAAUCUACCAACUCAACCUCUCCACCAAUCCACAGCUCAUCAACUCCUCCAUCCAACUCACCCUUGUCGCCACAAACCCCAACACCAAGGUCGGCAUCUACUACGAUGGCCUCCGGGUUUAUGUAACCUACAAGGGCCAGCAGAUAACCCUUGACUCUCCCCUUCCACCCUUUUAUCAAGGGCACCAGGACACCAAUCUCUUGACUGCCUCCCUCGUGGGAAGUUCGAUUCCUGUCGCUCCCUCUUUCGGUUAUGAAGUGGGCCGUGAUCAGAGCGCGGGCAAAUUGGCAAUCAGUGUCAAAGUGAAUGGGAGGGUAAGGUGGAAGGUGGGGACUUGGGUUUCAUCGAAUUAUCGGAUAAAUGUCAACUGCGUCGCGGUUAUGGAUUUCGGGCCAACGAUUCCGACCGGCCCGUUGAGUUCCAAGCAAGGAAGCCAAUGUUCUACUUCUCUGUGAAAAAAGGAAAGAAGGAAAUUUAUCAUCACCGCUACUUUUAGGAUACAUAUAUUUGCAUUUUCAAGUUUAUGCUUUCUUCUCUUUUGUUUGAUAGUGUUGGCCUUAUGUUGAUGUAUUUCAACUUUUUUGGCAAGUACAUAUGAUGUUAAUGAUGGUUGAGAAGAUGAGAAAGGUUGAAGUUAUAAUGAGACGUAAAAAGCUUGUUUUGAUUUGUUAA